UUUGCACACAGUUCUUAGACUGCCCAAAUGUGCCCGGUUUUGUUUGACACAUGUUUACUGAUGUUCACAAAAAUAAACAAGACUUACGCUCCGUAAACAAUAAUGUUCCGUAUAAAUAAAAAUUUAUGUGAAUAUUCACCUUCGGGUAAAUAUUUAGCAACUGUUUUACAAAAUGAGUUGAUUAUAAAACACGCGAAAACAUUGCAAGAUUAUUUGUUGUUUGAUUUGACAGAUGCAAUUGAGAGUAUCGAGUGGUGUUCAAAUGAUCAGUAUAUUCUCUGUACAAAUUUAAAAAAAGGAAUUAUACAAAUAUUUACAAUAAAACGUAAAGAAUUUAAUUUUAAGUACACUGAAGGAAGUGGAGGCAUAGAAAAAGUUAUUUGGGGACCUGAUUGUAAAUCAAUAAUUAUUAUUUCUGAUUUAAAUAUUUAUCUGUCAAUAAUAACACUGACCGAGCAAACAAUAACUCACAUCUGGAAUAUUAAAUCAUCAGCAAAAUUUUUGGCCAUAAAUAACAAAACAGAAUGCUUAGCAAUUAUUUUAACAACAGAUAAAACAGAUAAAAUAGAAAUAUAUAAAUCAAAGGAUUGGAAAUUAUCACGCAGAUUGAUCUGCGAUAAAUUAUUCAGCAUUGACGGGGUAUCAUGGUCACCCAAUGGAGAAUUACUGGCUAUUUGGUGUUCAAUAAUUGGAAAAUCCCGAAUAUUAAUAUACUCAAUGACAACAGAUACACACAUCGGCGUAUUUAAUGUCGAAGGAAAUAAUUUACUUUGCAGUGACACAAUUGAGAAACCAAUUAAAGGAAUUGAGCAAGUUGUUUGGAGUCCCAGCGGACAAAUAUUAGCUAUUGCUGGUUAUAAUGAAACGGUUGCAUUGAUAAAUCAUGUUACUUGGUCCGUAAUUAAUGAAUUGCACUGUAAGCCGGUAAUAAAAGAGGAUGAUAAUUAUCUUGGAAAAAUUUAUAAAGAAAUUGAUAUUACUCGGAGAGAUUGGUCUAAUUAUCUGUCGAAUAAUGUAAUACAUGAUCAACAUGUCAAGUAUACUUUGGAACAAGUAUUAGACAGACCCAUAAAUAUUCCAAUAGAUAUUGAACCUAAAUAUUGGGAUGUGUCUAUUGCUGCAAUAGAUAUUUUGUCAUUUAGUCCAUGUGGUAAAUAUUUGGCGAUAAGACAUCAAGUUUAUCCCUCGACUUUGUGGAUUUGGGAUUUGAUUGACGAUUGCGUUGAUAAUAUUUUAUUAAAAAAUUCAAUAUCAGGAAUUGUAUGGGAGCCGACAAAAACUCGCUUAUUAAUUUUUUCUGAGUCUCCAAUAAUUGUUGAAUGGCAUCCAAUUAAAAAAGUACAACUAUUUGAAUCUCCGCGAGGGAUGAAAGUUAUUAAUGGCAAGUGGAGUCCCAAUGGCGAGAUGAUAGCUUUAUUAGGAUAUAAUAAAACUUCAAUUAUUAAAGUGUAGAUAUUUAUUAAUUCUAAAAAUU